AUGAAAGGUGGUAUGGUAGGAGUGACGUUGAACAAAGGAGCUGUGCAUCGUUGGUUAAUGGGACAAGCAGAGAGAAGUGCAAUUACCAGACAGUGUGAAGCCAUGGCAAACGUAACCGAAUUUAAAAGGUAACUUAAUAUUUCAAUGUUGCAUUAUUAGUGUAUUACCAUGCUCACCUCGGGUUCUUUCCUGUCCGAGUGAUUUAACCACUAAAUUUACUUACAAACGAGGGAUGUUUGUCAAAGUCCACUUUUCCACAAACACCCUUCGGAAGGGUAGGUAGAUUUAAUCACUAAUUUCCUUUCAGUACGUAACCAAACGGAUGACAUGCAUAUUUACAAAAAUAUUUAUAAUUACUCUUUUUACCCAGGACUAGAAAAGAUUUGGACAAAACAAAGAUAGAAGCGAGUGAAAAAGCGGUACUGGAUGUCACCCUAACGAUGGAAGCCAUGAUAAAUCCCUUCGAGAACGACCACGGUGUAUUAGUGCAUUUAGCAAGCGGAACUAUUGCCACAUCUGCAGUAGUGAAUGACAUGGGAUCUAUGCUAGAAAAGGGCGAAAGUGCUGCACUGAAAUUCAUGAAAACCCAUAUUGUUGGAGAAGAACCGAAUAUCUACUCAACAAUAACCAAAACAAACUUGCAAACAUUCUCUGUUUUAGGAAAGAAGGUCACGAGCAAGAGUAAGAAAGGCGAACUUGUGGCAUUGAAAAACUCGAAAAUUCUUUUCGCAAAAAUGCUUCUGAUUGCUAGGAGUCGACAUCUACAAAUGGAGAAAGUACUGAAAUAUUCUCUACGCCCAUUUCCACGUGCAUUGGCAACAAACGAAGGAGAUCUGGUGAAAACUGUGAAGGCGAAAUUACUUCAUGCCAUUGAAGAGGAAGUUCAAGGUAGUUCAGUCAAUCUUCCUGUUGGAGAAAAGGCGUACAUUCUAGAUGCAAUGGCAAUGUUGCAAACGUUGACAGUUCUUCCAGUUACAUUUGGUGAACUAGCAAUCGAUCUACUUAUAAGAGUUGUCAACGCUGCAGUAUAUUCCAAUUUCAAACGGGUGGAUUUCGUCUGUGACCGCUAUCCGCUGCAAAGCAUCAAGAAUCUAGAGAGGGAUAGGCGAGCUGUGGGCGGCGUCCAAGUGAUUCGCAUUUAUGGUGAGCAACAGCGGGUCCCACGUCAGUGGAAAAAGUUUAUGUCUUCUGGCGAAAACAAAGAAGAGCUGAUGAAAUUCUUAUUUGAUGCCUGGAAAAAAGCGGAUCCGCAGUUGUUAAAGGGCGUGGAAGUAUAUUUAGCACACGAAGAAAGCUGCCACAGGUUUGCUCAGUCGGACGGCGUGAUGGUGUGCAAUGUUACUGAAGAACUUCGCUGUGAUCAUGAAGAGGCUGAUAAGCGGAUGAUUGCUCAUGCACGACACGCUUCUCAAUUUUACUCCAGUAUCAUGAUCAAGAGUCCAGAUACAGAUGUGUUUUUGAUUGCGCUUAACGCCUGCUUAGACAUUCAUGCCGAUAUAUAG